GAUGGGAAGGCAACCAUGUUGUGAGAAGAAUGGAUUAAGAAGAGGACCAUGGACCAUUGAUGAGGAUCAUAAGCUCAUGACCUUCAUCCUCAACAAUGGCAUUCAGUGUUGGAGACUUGUUCCAAAGCUUGCAGGAUUGAUGAGAUGUGGAAAGAGUUGUAGACUCAGAUGGAUUAAUUAUUUGAGGCCAGAUCUCAAAAGAGGUGCUUUUACAGAAGCUGAAGAAGAUAUGAUCAUUCAACUUCAUUCUCGUCUUGGUAAUAGGUGGUCAAAAAUCGCAGCUCAGUUUCCAGGUCGUACAGAUAACGAGAUCAAGAACCAUUGGAAUACCCGAAUCAAGAAGAAGAUGAAAUUUUUGGGAUUAGACCCUCGUACACACAGUCCCAUCGAGCAGCAUCAUAAUCCAGACACAAUUAUCAAACGAGAGAACAACGAAUCAACUUCUUCACGUAACUCUUUCAAUAAUUACGAUAUCAGAGAAGAAAAACCCGACAUCUUAAACGACAAAACUCCGACGAUCGAAGAUAUUGGAUUGAUGAUGAUGUCACAUGACCAUGACCAUGAAGAUCACCAUCAUCGUCUGGAGUCUUUAAACACUUGUUUUGAGUUAGAACUCCCACAAAAUUGGAUUGAUAACCCAGGAUUCCAAUGGGAUGUUUUCAAUGAUCCAGGAUUGGGUUUUCAUUGAUUUAAAAUAAUUUGUAAUGUCUU